AUGGGAGGUGGUGGUAAUAUGUCUGCUCCGACAACGAAAACUGAACAAAAGAAAAAUCCUCUCCAAAGAGUGCCAUCUUCAAAACCACCUUUUACACUUGGUGACAUCAAGAAGGCCAUCCCUCCCCACUGCUUUCAGCGAUCUCUCAUUCGCUCCUUCUCCUAUCUUAUUCAGGAUCUCAUACUUGUCUCCCUCUUUUAUUACAUUGCCACCACUUACUUUCAACUCCUUCCAUCUCCAUUAAGUUAUCUCGCAUGGCCUACCUAUUGGAUCGCUCAAGGUUGUGUUUCCACAGGAAUAUGGGUUAUUGGCCAUGAAUGCGGCCACCAUGGCUUCAGUGAUUACCAAUCGGUAGAUGACACUGUUGGUCUUAUCCUCCACUCUGCACUUUUAACACCAUACUUUGCAUGGAAACAUAGUCAUCGCCGUCACCAUGCCAACACUGGUUCCCUUGAGAAUGAUGAAGUAUACAUACCCAGGCUUAAAUCAAAAUUAAGAUGGUACUACAAAUACUUGAACAAUCCAGUAGGACGAGUACUUGUACUCGCCUUCACCCUCACUUUUGCCUGGCCUUUGUACUUGAUCUUCAAUAUCUCAGGCAAAAAAUAUGAUCGUUUUGCAUGUCAUUAUGAUCCUUAUAGCCCGAUAUAUUCUGAUCGUGAGAGGCUACAAAUCUACAUUUCAGAUGCAGGUGUGAUUGCAGCUACUUAUUUGUUGUAUCGCGUUACUUUGACACAAGGGUUAGCUUGGGUUGUUUGCGUCUAUGGGGUGCCUCUCCUGCCACAUUAUGAUUCAUCGGAGUGGGAUUAUCUGCGAGGAGCUCUAGCUACGGUAGACAGAGACUAUGGUGUCCUAAAUAAGGUGUUCCACAAUGUUACUGAUUCUCAUGUUUUGCAUCAUAUAUUCUCAUACAUAUCACAUUACCAUGCAAUGGAGGCAACCAAAGCUAUCAAGCCAUUGCUAGGAGAAUACUACCAAUUUGAUGAUACCCCAAUCUUAAAGGCAAUGUGGAGGGACACAGAGUAG